CAGUACAUCAUCGAGAUUGGCAUGGCUGGCUUCGACAUAAAUCAAGAUCGCCUCGCAGCUUGUUGGGAACUCCAAGACUGUCGUUCAUGCAUCAACAGCCAUCAUGGCUGCGGCUGGUGCCCAACAUCUGGUGCCUGCGUAGCCACGACAAAUCUAUUAGCACCGGUGUCGCACCCUGACGUUUGUCCCCUGCGGAGUGAGCGCUUCGAGCUGCGUACGAAAGCUCUCGGAUGCGGUUGUUCCACCACAACUUUACUCAGCGUCAUCGUCACAGUGUUUGCCACCAUUGCAGCGCUGGCGUUACUCUACGGCAUCGGCCUCCUACUGCUGCAAAUCAAUCAGGCCUUCGGUACGGGAAGCUGGAACGGCAUCGAGAUUGAGGUCAAGGAUGAUGGAACCCGUCACGAGCGUCAGUGGCGGCGCAGUAACGCGUUCACCUCGUUUUUCCGCCGGAUGACUCUCAAAGCUACCAAGGAGAGCGAGCAGGAGCAGAUGACGGAACGCUCACGGCUCCUCGGAUGAACUGCCAGAAAGCUCACGAAGAUCGGUCGAACCUAGGGUCGAGUGCUCACACAUGUUCGGCGCCCUGGAGGAAAGCUCUUGUGGAGCAUUGAGCUCUCACGAUCCAUCAUUUGCAGAGAAAGCGCCUCGUGAAUGCGGAUGAGGAGGGUGCCUACUCGCUAUGCGCCGCUGAGUCAUCCCCACAACAACUACAGGGCAGCGAACAUCCGCCCAACCAUGGCGCGAUGUGAUUCUUCCCGUCUCGAACAAGCGCAUCUUUGUCCACUUUAGGCGUUCCGUACGGAUGGGCUGGUCUGCCUAACGUGGCAUGCUGCUCGGCAGAGCGAGCUCUUCCGGGGAUGUUUUGUUCGGCUCUCUACGACCCCAAGACAUCAAGGUA